GCACGCUUUACACCGUGAACUUUUCGACCCCUACGCCGGUACCUACUACCUAGUCAGCUUGUUCGCAAACCGUCGCGGUCAAAGGAAAAUGUCCAUAUAAAUCGUAGCGCUAUUCUUUCAUGUUAAUACGCGAUACGUACGUUUAAAAUUGCUUGUCUCGUAGUUACGUUCAUUCAUUCUCCACGAGAAUCACUCGUUUAAGAACAGGCACUCUAUAAUAAAUUAUAGUAAAAUAUAUCGGUAUUAGUAAAUUGCACAAUGAUUUUGUGGCUAUUGUUGGUGGUGCUAGUGCUAUGGACUGCGCAGUUUAGGUUUAGAAGGAGGAGAAUGUACGAAUUGGCUUCGAAAGCUCCAUAUCCAAAAGAUGAGUUGGCAAUUAUUGGCGUAGCACAUAAAUUGUCGGGAAAUACGGAAGACAUAAUGGCAUAUUUGAAACAAAUCAGCUACGAAGCUAUGGAGACUGAUGGCGUAAUCAGAGGCUGGCUUAAUCACAUUCUUUAUUACAUAAUAGUGAAUCCCGUGGACUUGGAGAUGGUGUUGAAAACGUGCAUGGAAAAGGAUGAUCUACAUAGAUUUUUACGAAAAAUAAUAGGCAACGGCGGCAUUUUUGCACCAGUUCCCAUUUGGAGACGCCGAAGAAAAAUUCUAGUGCCAGCAUUUAGUCCAAAAAUUGUUGAAAGCUUUAUCGAAGUUUUCUCAGAGCAAAGUCAGAUAUUUAUGCAAAGAAUGAGCAGUAUGUGCGGAUCUGGACCUUUCAACAUCUGGCCUUUUGUAUCAUCUUAUUCUUUGGAUUCCGUGUGUGAAACAACGAUGGGUGUAAAAAUAAAGGCGCAGACAAACUCAAAUUCUCCAUUCUUGACGAGCCUGGCGAACGUUCUCAACAUCGUCUGCCAAAGGAUCUUCCACUUGUGGCUGCAACCUGACUGGUUGUUCAAAUUCUUCCCACAAUACCCCAAACAUCAGAAAUAUAUUAAAACUCUACAUGACUUUACAGAUGAGGUAAUCCGAAAGAAAAGGGAUGAGUUAAAGAAUGAAAAACAUAAUCAACCCGAAGCUGACAGUCACUAUGAUUUGGGUUAUUAUCAAAGGAAAAGUUUUCUUGAUUUAUUAAUCAGUUUAUCCGGCGGUGAAAAGGGUUACACAGAUUUGGAGCUUCGUGAAGAGAUCGUAACACUAACUAUCGCUGGCACAGACACGUCUACGGUCUGUUUGUGUUUUACCCUUAAAUUAUUAGGAAAAUAUCCAAAAAUCCAGGAAAAGCUAUAUGAAGAGAUAAGAGACGUGUUUGGGGAUUCCGAUCGUCCGUUAGUAAAGGAGGACUUACUUAGAUUAAAGUAUCUGGACAGAGUUGUGAAGGAAUCUCUAAGGUUGUUCCCGCCUGUUCCUUUUAUUAUUCGGAAAGUCGAAACAGAGUUUACAUUACCUGGCUCCGGUCUGAUAGUCCCAAGUGGUUCUGGCAUAGUUGUCUCAAUAGUUGGAGUUCAUCGCGAUCCCAAGUACUGGGGUCCGGAUGCAGAGCAUUUCGAUCCCGACCGGUUUCUUCCUGAACGCUUCAAGUUGCAGCACGCCUGUAGCUACAUGCCGUUUAGUAAUGGACCUCGAAAUUGUGUAGGUUACCAAUAUGCUCUUACAUCAAUUAAGACUGCAUUAACGGCGAUAAUACGAAAUAUGAAAGUCAUCGGAGAACCAGAAAAAGGUCCCAUACCGAACAUAAGGGUUAAGCUGGACAUCAUGAUGAAAGCUGUUGACGACUACCACGUGACCUUGGAGAAGAGAACACCUGGUCCAGAGGCGAGUCACGAAAAAAAAACUCCUGACUCUCAAAAAUUUCAAGCUUCCCAUAGUUGAAAAAUAAUUUCUUCGUAGAUCUAAUUUAUUUUGAAUUUCAGCUUUAAUAAACUUAUUCGUGAUCAACGAUUUAAUUUAUUAUGACACAUUUUAUUUAUAAAUAUGUUAUAACACUUAUAUGUAUGACAUGAUAAAAAUUAUUGGAGGAACAGUGGUGAAAUAGAUUGAAUAAAAUACUAAAUGUAAAACUUAGAGAAAAGUUACAAAAAGUUAGAUUCUUAGUUACUUAAGUUUGUUAUUAUCUCUGAAAGUAUUAUCAAAUUGCACAGUCUAUUCCUACUUAUCUACCUAAAUUAGGUAAAUAGUUGUACUUAAUUUUAAGCGUAGUUAGUUCCGUUCAGCCUACCUAUCUAUUUUUAUGGAGGUAAAUUGUAGCAGGUAAAAUUUGUCUGAUUAAACAAAAAAAUUAUAUAUUUUC